GCAGCAAGUGGCUGAUGCGACGAAUGAUGAAUGUUCUGCUGAAGAAGUAAAAAGAAAAUGGAAAAACUUGAGGGAUCGCUAUAUGAAAAUCAUCUCCCUUGAGAAAUUGCCAAGUGGAUCAGCCAGUAAGCCAUCUUGUAGGAAGUGGCAGCAUUAUGACUCGAUGUCUUUCUUACGGGAUACCUAUUUGGAAAAAGAGACAGUUUCAAAUAUUACAAGUCUUGAUGAAGAUCCCGAUGAUGUAGAAAUCCAAGUGGAUGGAGAAGUAAAUUCCAAUGCAGUUGAUGCAUCGAGAGAAGUAAAAAAAAAACGAAAAAGUUGCGAACAAGAUGUGAUGAAGCAGAUAGCGGAAGCCUUGCAGAUUCCACGACCAGCAUUGCCAUUGCCAACUCCUCCUGUUCUUGAUGAAGUUGAUAACUUCACUUCGAUGAUCGCCAGCCAGCUACGAGAUUUCUCGCAAAUCCGCAGACGCGAAAUAAUGUUAAAAAUUCACCAUCUUUUACAUACAGAGUUAUUGCGUGAUGACA